CUUACGCACAGACAGAUCUGUCAGGUGAGUUGAGCGGCAGUUCAAUCAUUCGUGAGAAUUGUCCUCAUCAAUCCAUCCCAACAACGCGUGCUUCCGUCGACGCCGAUAUGCCGCCCCGCCGCUUGCCCUCCACUGCCAAAGCCAACACAGGCCUCACGGAACGGCACAGAACAAGCGCAGCCAGAUGAGCGAGGGUGCUACUGCCACCUCGCCGGCGCUGGAGACCGAGGUGGCGCCUUUGCCGGACAACGACGACCUCCAUCGAGAGAUCUUUCUCCGUCUACCGCCGCUCCCCUCGUCGCUGACCCGCGCCUCCCUCAUCUGCAAGCGCUGGCGCCGCCUCAUCUCCGACCCUGCCUUCCUCCGCCGCUUCCACGUCCACCACAGGGCGCCUCCCCUCCUCGGCUUCUUCGCCGACGAAGAUGGCGACAUCGAGUUCGUGCCCACGCUGCGCCGGCCCGACCGCACCCCCGGCGCAGCCAUGGCGAAUACGUUGACCGAGUUGGGAAAGGAAGACCAGACGCAACGCUCACAAUUUGGAUGA